UGUGCGACCGACUACAGCGAGAGACAUUUCCGCUUCCUGCACCCUCCCCCCCUCGCCUCCCCCCCACACCUCACCCCUCCAGCCAACGCUAAGUCGGGCUCCGGAGAGGACACGCACACACACGCGCACACACACACACGCACACACAGACGCGGGUUUAACCCCCCCCCCCCCCCACGCCCCCCACCCCCCUCCACGACGACCGCGAUGUUUUCACUCUCCGGCGGCGAGUAGCGUCUUUGAACGUUACACGGGAGCGUUUUUACGCGUUUGCACCAGCGAGAAGAGAAGCAACGGGAAGGAGGAGGACUUCCACAGUAAAAAAGGGACACAGAAAGAGGACAACACGCGCACGCACACACACGCGCAGAAGGCAGGCUACUCCGGGUGUUCCUCCUCUCGUCUCCAGCCUCCAGGAUGUCGGAGCGAGGGGGGCUCCCGCGGACUGGGGGCGUCCCGUCGCCGCACAUGCAGCCCUCCAAGCCGGUCUGCAUCACCUCCAACCGGCCGGUCCACAUGAACCUGUACGCCACCUGGGAGGUGGACCGCUCCUCGCCCAGCUGUGUGCCCAGGCUCUUCAACCUGACUCUGAAGAAGCUGAUCAUGCUGAAGGAGCUGGAUAAAGACCUCACCUCCGUGGUCAUCGCCGUCAAACUGCAGGGCUCCAAGCGGAUCCUGCGCUCCAACGAGAUCCUGCUGUCCUCGGCGGGACUGACGGAGACCGACCUGCAGCUCACCUUCUCUCUGCAGUACCCGCACUUCCUGAAGAGGGACGCCAACAAGCUUCAGAUCAUGCUGCAGCGACGGAAGCGCUACAAGAACCGGACCAUCCUGGGCUACAAGACCUUGGCCCUGGGCCUCAUCAACAUGGCCGAGGUGAUGCAGCACCCCAGUGAGGGGGCCCAGGUCCUGGGGCUCCACAGCCAGCUGAAGGACGCCUCGGUGCCCGUCGCCGAGAUCAGAGUCUACUCCCUGUCCAGCCAGCCCAUCGACCACGAGGGGCCCAAAGCAAAGAUGUCUGAUCGCUCCCCGGACAUCGACAACUACUCCGAAGAGGAGGAAGAGAGCUACUCGUCGGAGCAGGAAGGCAGCGACGACCCCAUUCAUGGACAGUAUCUAUUUGACGAAGAGGACGAGGUGAGGAAGAAGAAACCGAGGCGCAAGCUCCCUUCCAAUGCCGCCAUCACCAGACAACCCAACAUCAAGCAGAAGUUCGUGGCCCUGCUGAAGAGGUUCAAGGUCACCGACGAGGUCGGGUUCGGCCUGGAGCACGUGUCGAGGGAGCAGAUCCAGGAGGUGGAGGAGGACCUGGACGAGCUCUACGACAGCCUGGAGAUGUACAACCCCAGCGACAGCGGGCCGGAGAUGGAGGAGACCGACAGCAUCCUCAGCACGCCCAAACCCAAGCUGAGGCCGUUCUUUGAAGGAAUGUCUCAGUCCAGCUCCCAGACGGAGAUCGGCAGCCUGAACAGCAAAGGCAGUUUGGGUCGAGACACUCUGAGCCCGCAGGGGGAGCAGCCGCCGCUAGAGAAGAUGAAACUCUCCCGCAGCCGCAACCUGGAGGAGGCCCUGUCUGAGACCGACACACUGGAGCUAACAGAUCAGGAGCUGUUUGCUGAGGUGGGCCCCUGCAUCACGGUGUCAGUGGCAGAGAAACCCCGUACGCCCAUGAAGAGCAGCAGAAGUGAAACCCAGGCCAUGCCAUCGCCGAGGCUGGACGGGGGCCACACGCCCAGACAGAAGCGCAUCAGCACCCCCAUGAAGGAGCGGCAGCUCUCCAAGCCGCUGAGCGAGCGGACCAACAGCUCCGACUCGGAGAGAUCCCCGGAGCUGGGACACAGCACGCCGCUCCUGAGGAAGGCAGUGUAUGACCAGUUGAACCAGAUUUUGCUGUCGGACUCUGCGCUGCCAGAAAGCCUCAUCCUGGUCAACAUCAGUGACUGGCAGGGGCAGUACGUCGCCGAGCAGCUGCAGGUCCAGAGGCACCCGGUGGUCUGCACGUGCUCGUCGGCUGAAAUCCAGGCGGUGCUGUCGGCCGUGCUCACCCGCAUCCAGAAAUUCUGUAACUGUAACUCGUCCAUGCCCAGAGCCGUGAAGGUGGCGGCGGUGGGCAGCCAGAGUUACCUCGGGGCCAUCCUGCAGUUCUUCGUCACGCAGCUCGCCAACAAAACGUCCGACUGGCUCAACCACAUGCGCCUGCUGGUCGUGCCUCUGGGCUCCCACCCGGUUGCCAAGCACCUCGGAGCCCUCGACAACCGCUACAGCUCCUCCUUCCUGGACGGGGCGUGGAGAGACGUGUUCAGUCGCUCUGAGCCGCCGCAGACGGAUCAGUUGGAUGUCGCGGCGAGAAUCUCCCAGUACAUCAGCGGAGCCACGGUCACACACCAGCUGCCCAUCGCCGAGGCCAUGCUCACCUGCAAACACAGGACGCGAGAUGAAGACUCCUACCAGAAGUUUAUUCCCUUCAUCGGGGUGGUGAAGGUCGGGCUUAUCGAGUCGGGUCCGUCUCCAACAGGAGACGCAGAAGAGGGCGUGGCGGUGAGCUUGGCGGUCCCCUCCACGUCUCCCCCCUCCCACGGCUCCCCCACGGGGAUGAUUAGAGAGGCAGCCACGCCUCCCUCCUCCCCCUCCAUGGGCAGCGUCCUGUCGGCGCAAGGGAGUCCCAGCAUGUCUCACGGCGUGGACGCCAUCGGCCUGCAGGUGGACUACUGGCUGGCCUCGCUGGCCGAGAAGCGGCGCGAGGGCGAGCGGCGCGACACGGCCUGCAAGAACACGCUGAAGAGCGCCUUCCGCUCGCUGCAGGUCAGCAGGCUGCCGGGCGAGGGCGGCAGCGAGCCGCUGGCCCAGGUCAGCACCAUGGCCAUGACCGUGGUCACCAAGGAGAAGAACAAGAAAGUUCCCACCAUCUUCCUGGGAAAGAAGCCGAAGGAGAAGGACGUGGACUCCAAGAGCCAGGUCAUUGAAGGCAUCAGCCGACUCAUCUGCUCUGCCAAGCAGCAGCAGACCAUCCUGAAAGUGUCCAUCGACGGCGUGGAGUGGAACGAGGUGAAGUUCUUCCAGCUGGCCGCCCAGUGGCCCACUCACGUCAAAUACCUACCUGUGGGACUCUUCGGCUACAGCAAGCCGCCCUCUUAGGGGGCGAGCGCCAGCCGACCCCUCUGACCCCGACUUGACCUUCGACCUUCGACUCUCCCCGAUUCCCCGUUAACACCUCCACGCAGAAGACCACCUGCAGAUCAGGGAGGAGACGUCGAGUGGCUGGACAUUUUUCUCCUUUUAGUUUCAUUCAGGCUACCGUCGCCUUGUUUCGGAGGAGGAGGAGGAGGAGGAGGGUGCGACGCAGCGUUGUUACUAGUCACUUUAAUGCCCCUUUUUGUGUGUGUUGCGAGUGUGCAUGCACACCUGAAUGUACAGUGUGUGUGUGUGUGUGUGUGUGCGAGUGUUUACAAGGGGCCCACAGCACAAGUUUAUUAGCUCACUGCCAUUUACGUUUCCGUUCUAUGGAAUGCAAUAGCAUGCAACAACUCACCAAUUUCAAGCCCUCAAAAAGACCCUGACCCUCCACUGUUGACCCCUCCCACUCACCUCAAGACCACACCCACAACUUGCAGAUACACCACUCACGUGCCAGAUGACAGCGACUCAGAAAAUACAGAUAAAAAAAAGGUGUUGAAAACACAAAGAAACGUCUCCUUGCAUGUGAUUUAUGUUUCUGCUCCAGGCGCCCGUUAUGUUUGUUUUCAUUUCGAGGGCUUCCAUAUAUUUUAAAAAUAUUUCCUCUGUACACAAAUCCGUCACGUGGAUGUCUAAUGCCAAACGCAAAAAAAAAAAAAAAUGAAAAUAUAUAAAAAGGGAAGUGUCUGUUUAAAAAAAAAAAAGAAAAGAAAUUGUGCUCUCAUGAAAAAUAGUACCGCCUUCCCCCUUUUUAACGCUGUUUCGUGAUGCGUCGUGUGUGUGUGUGUGUGUGUGUGUGAAGAGGGUUUGAGGGGCGGGGCCUACUUUAACGUGCAGUUUUAUUUGCUAUGCCUUACAAAGACACAUCCGGGUGUUUGCAGAGUCUGGCUGGUAAUAACUGGUAAUAACUGGUAAUAACAAGCAAAACAUGCAACCGGACGCUUCAACAACAAAAUGCAUAUUUAGAUGGGAAUAUGAUGGAUCCAUAAUGGGAGUUAAACACCUGCAAUAAAGCACAAUGUCGUCUGCCAGUUUUCCCCUAAUAAUCCAUUCUCCAUUGAAAACAGCAGACUCGUUAAUAACCUUCAUUUCUAUCAGGAAAAUGAAGUGUUUGGGUCUGCUCCAUGCUUUCUCUAGGGUGUCGUGAGGUGACUAGUGAGUGUACAGUAACUGAUAACAAGUGUUUGUGUGUGUGUGUGUGUGUGUGUGUGUGUGUGAAAUCAAUGUAAUGUGGUCAUAAACUUUGAAAACUAAAAAUCACUAAAUAGGAGAAAUACUUUUUCUACCAUGCGACAGGGGGGCAUGCAAAUGGUGUGUGUGUGUGUGUGUGUGUGUGUGUGUGUGUGUGUGUGUGUGUGUGUGUGUGUGUGUGUGUGUGUGUGUGUGUGUGUGUGUGUGUGUGUGUGUGUGUGUGUGUGGUCAUUAUCAAUAUCAUUGAUGGGAUUAUGUCUGCAGUGGUCGUCCUGUUUAUUUUGUGGCCCAGUUUGUUUUUUUCACCCCACAAAACGCGUUGAAAACCAAACAAAAUCCCGUCAUAAAAUUCCGUUUUAUUAUUAUUAUUGAAAUCCAAAUAAACGAUCUGCAACGGUGGUUCAUGACGGCCGUUCUUGAACGCUCUGCCUCGUGUCGCCCGCAUCGCAACGCUCUCCAGUAAAAGUAUUAGAAAAAGUUUAUUUUUUAUUUUUGAAAGAUAGUGUUAAAUGCCGGUGUCUUGAUUCAACUGCUGUUGGUGGUGGUGUUGUUGUUGUUGUUGUUUCUUUCUACAGUGUUACAACUCGGCUCUCUGUUACACUGACGGUUUCACACUGUACUUCCAAAUAUUUGAAUGUAUGGAAAUUGAGUUCACGUGUGCAGUUUUAAGGCGGCGCCACAAUAUCACCAAGUGGUUUUAUUUGGAGACGUUCAGAGAAACUUUACAAUCAUCUUUAUAAAAUACGUGGAAAGGGUUCAGAAUUGUCCACUAAUUACUUCACUAAUGUUUAAGGAAUGCAUUCAAGUUCAGGAUUGAGCAGCUAUUAUGCAUGAAUUGGGUUAUUCCUUUGGCUAGUAUACAGUAUAUCAAUAUAAAAAACUUUAAAAAUGUUAAAGCUGCACUUAUAAAUGACGACAUGUGACAAAACCAACAGGAAAUCUUAAGUUCUCUUCAGGUCUUCAGAGGGUUUUAGGGUCUUUCAGCUUGUAAUUGUAAUAAAAUGACAGUCAGUGUGUGUUUCUGCUGCCACCAAGUGGCCGGAGGAAAAAAAAACAUGAUGCAGCUUUAAGUUUAAAUUAAAGCAGGUCAUUUGAAAGAGGUUUUGUCUUCUUAAAUGAAGUGAUGAGGUCAAACGGGUCACGAGGAAGACUUUAAGUGUAAUUAAAAGGUACAUUGUAUCCUGGUACUUUAAUAUACUUUAUGCGUUGUAAUGGCUUCUCUGUGAUUUAACCUUUUAAUGAAGUCAUUAGUGACAACUCUGAAAGUUUUUUUUUUUAAAUAAGGCUUUAUCAUAAAAGGGUACUGUGUUUUAAAAUUUGAAAGAAUUAAAAAAAUUUAAAAAAGAAUAUGUCCAAAAUGUAUAAAUGGAAUAAAAUGGGCUUUUUUUUCAAUGAUCAUGUAUUAGGGACAACCUCCACUAAAUAAAUAUUAAAAAAACUGCUCUUUGCCUUAUAGUAAUUAGUCGAAUUAUUGAUAUGUGAAAAGUCCUAGUUUGGCUCGAGAGGUUAAAGGUCACCAAUGGGACCUGAACGUGGAAACGUUCUCAAACUAAAUCACUGCCAAAACUAAAACUAACAACAGAGAAAUUGCGAUUUAAUAAUCGGAUCCGUUUUGUAGGUUCGAGGGUCCAAAAGUGAUCCUCGUUCUGAAGUCACCAUUUCAACGUUUUGGAGGAACUUCCUCUCCACCACUUCCACCUUCUCUCGGCCGUCUUUCCCGUCUCGCUCUUCCGGGUUUACACGUUUUCCUGAAGUCUCUUUAAACAGCUGGUUGUCCUGUGUGUGUGCGUGUUGAACCCGUACCUGUGUUCCCCUUGUUGACGGUGUGACGGUGGUUCCUCCACCAGUCGUGGUUGGAGAUCAAGGAGCUGGUCUGGUCCAUCAAUAAUCUCUGUCAGUGAUCAGCAGUGUCUUUUCUCUCUCCACCUUCCUCUGAUGAUGAGGAGUCUUCUUCACGGCGCCUCCAUAAGCUUAGCUUUCUAAAGUCACCUUGAAAUGAUAUUGUUUCGCCCGCCAUGGUCGCAGUGGGUUUCUGCUCCCUGCAGAGCGCCCUGAGCUCGUGGACUUUGUGGAGAGUAUUUUUUGCACAUUGUUUCGUCAGCUUGUUUGCCUUUUGCCUAUAACGAUAACUGUAACAAACUAUAAUGCGUGUACAUAUCAGAUAGUACUUGUUAUAUUGUAUUCUAGUUCUUCUGUUUUUUUUUCUUCUUCUUAAUUUGACAUGUUUUGUAGCACUGCUUUUUCAUUAUUACGUUUGUCAAUCAAACAGAUGUGGGAUGAAAAGUGGAAGUGUUCAUUGUUUCAUUUGUUUUUUUUAAAUAAAAAUACUCCUGAUUUGUA